UUGGGAGGCUUCUACAUGGCCAGGAGUCAGUAGCUGUUAUUCACUCCAGUAAGGAUUGUUUGAUAUUGUGUUUGCUCUACUCUGAAUGAACGAUGGAGCUGUAUGGUGUCCUGCUUAUGCUCGCUGUUAUUGGCAGUACUGAGACUCAAGUUCUGCACAGGGAUGUUCAGUUUGCUGGGUGUUCUGAUACAGAGAAAGAGGAUUUGUAUGGACUUGAUGGAGAGGAACUGUAUCAUUCAGACUUCAUUAGAAAAGAAGGAGUAGUGACAGCGCCUGACUUUGCAGAUCCUGUCAGCUUUCCUGGAUUUUAUGAGGGUGGUGUUGCUAAUCAAGAGGUCUGCAAACAAAACUUAGCCACAUUCAUUAAAGCCUACAACUCCCCUGAGGAGCAAAUAGACCCCCCGGAUGCUUCCAUCUAUUCAAAAGAGGAUGUGGUGCUGGGUGCUGAGAACACUCUCAUCUGUCAUGUGACUGGACUCUUCCCUCCACCUGUCAAAGUCUCCUGGACUAAAAACAAUCAGAUUGUGACAGAGAGCAUGAGUCUAAGCCAGUACCGCAGAAAUAAUGACGGCACCUUCAACAUCUUCUCCUCGCUGAAGUUCACGCCUGCAGAGGGAGACAUUUACAGCUGCACUGUGUCCCACAAAGCUCUAGAGAGCGGUUCUGAAACUAAAACAUGGGAGGUGGAUGUUGCGGUGCCCAGUGUUGGUCCAGCUGUGUUUUGUGGAGUGGGUCUGUCUCUGGGGCUGCUGGGAGUCGCAGCUGGAACGUUCUUCCUCAUUAAAGGAAACAAUUGCAACUGACCGCUCUGGUUUAAAAGUCAACAUAUUCUUGUUUUGUAAUUCAGAUUCUUUGUACUUCUUAUUAACAUUCUCCUCCAAUGAAAAUUCUAUAAAUUAAACCUUUUGGUCCUAAAAACAAUUUUUUUUAAUACCAUUGUACAUGACAAACAAUGUUCAAAUUUGGCUGGUGUUCUAGUCGAAUUAUUGCUCCGACACAGCAUGAUUUUUUUCCAUUUGUUCAAAUGUUCAUAAGUGAUCCAAAUUUAAUUUUUCUUUUGAAAUUUACAGCAAACACACCGUGCAGCAUUUUGAGAUGCAUUUUAUAGAACUUCACUAAAACAUUUGAUUCUCAUUUUCACCUAAAAAUGAAGAUAUAACUCAUCUGACAGUUUAUGGUUCAUCAUUAAGUAAGAGUCUAUGUUUCAAGUUAAUCAAAUCAGUGAAAUCACAAAAUAAAGUUAAAUGUAUUACGGUUCCAGAUAUUUGUUCACAGACACAGGGCUCUGACACACAGUUCAAACACUGGACAAACAAUAUUAUUUUACUGCUCAUUUAUCUAUUUCUCUACAACAUUUCUUUGCUUAAAACAUAAUCUCACAUACUAAACAUUGAUAUGUCUUAAAUACACAGAAAGUUCUUUUGCAAAAUUAUUUGUAAUUGCUAAAAGUAAUUUUGUAAUUUUUUUCAUUAUAUAUUUUUUUCUUGCCUGUAUUGGACAAAACAGUUUAACUAGUGAAGACAAGUAAAAUAUCCUCACAAAUCAGUAGCUCUGAUAUUUAACUAUAUUAGUAAGGACACUUGUCCCUCACAUGUAUAGACACCUUUACACAAACACACAUAUGCACACACACUUUAAAUGGUUUGUUUUUUCUGAUAUUUUAUACUUUGGCAAAUAAUAAAUCCCCUACAAUUAA